CCUCAUAGAUCCGACCUAUAAAAAUUCCUAUGCGCCGGUUAAAUGAAACCAACCGGCUGACGUGGCAACUCUCAUUGGACUACCCAUCGCAGAACCAGCUCCUGUCCGAUCUCCGCUUCGACGGGAACGUCAUUGAUGAUGACGACCUCCUUGAGAUGGAGCCGCCUAAGCUGUCUCUUUAUCUGUUGUUUAUCACUCCCUCUGCAGUUCAUCGCGAUCUCUUCGGCCUCACUGUCCCAGGAUUCUGAAGCAUCUGCAGCUUCAAGAAACUUGGGGCUAGAGCAAGGUGGUUCACAUGAAGUCCACUGUUCGAGGGAAAGGAGCAGAGCUGCUUCCAAAAUUAUAGAUGAGUAUCUCACGCCCUUCCUAGAAAAGGAGAGAUAUCAACUUUCGACAAACUGUAGACUCCACCAUGAAAAUAACCUGUACAGGGAUCAGGAACAGCACAAGAUCCAUACCGAUAUAAAUGAGUGGAAGUGUGGGUACUGUAGAAAGAGAUUCUACGAAGAGAAAUAUCUCGAUAAGCAUUUCGACAACAGGCACUAUGAUAUGUUGAAUACGAGCCAUGGAAGGUGUUUGGCAGAUUUAUGUGGAGCAUUGCAUUGUGAUUAUGUGAUGGACUCCACACCAAAGAAGUCCAAGUGCAACCCUGCUGCUGCGGCAAGGAACGGACACUUAUGUGAGAGCCUAGCAGAUACUUGUUUCCCAGUUAAUCAAGGUCCUUCAGCAAGCCGUCUUCAUGAAUUUUUCUUGCGCCAAUUCUGUGACGCUCACACCUGCUCUGGAAGCCGAAAACCCUUCUCAAGGGGACGCAGGAAGAGGAGGAGUGCGUUCUAUAUUGUCAUCUCCAUUUUGGUUCUUCUGCUGCUUCCUCUGUUCUAUAUCUUUAUCUACUUGUAUCAGAGGGGAAUCAGAAGUGGCACACAAGAUCUUAAGCGCAUCUCGCGGACCACACGGAAGAAAAAGCCCUCAUAGACAUCCCAUUACGAGUUUCGAUUACAAUUUCAUUGUAAAGAACACAUUUGUAGUGGAAAAAAUGCAUUUAAAGGAUCUUCUGUCGAGCAAGAGUUUGAUAUUCGUUUGGUUGAGUCUUCUAGGUAGUGAUUGUUUCAAGGGUAA